AUGGCACGUCUAGCAGAGCAAAUACAAACCUUCCAGGCGGUGCUGACGGAGCAGCAGGAGGCCUUCACAGACCUCAUUACCCGCGUUACUAACCUGCGCGUGGCGAAGGGCGAAUGCAUGGCUGCUCAGGCGACCGGUCACACCCCGAACAUGACCUUCAAUACCGGCUCUGACCUGCUUGAUGGUCUCUUGUACAGCCUACAGUCAAAGCUGGAGGACCCAACGUCAUCAGUCACCACCUCCGUUCUGCAGAAACUCGAGGGGGCCGCACUGGAGGCGCUCACGCCGUACGAAGCCGGGCGCAUUUCCUCCCUCUUCACGAGCAACACCUCCGCUGUGCGCACUACGGGCCUCCUCGUGCUAUUCCCCAACGAUGUGCGUGGCGUGCGACAGUGGGCGCGGAAGCAUCUGAGCAGCUGUGCCUCCUGCGCCGCUCGACAGGCACAGCAGCCGGCGUGGACGCCGUAUCGCUAUGACAGCAAAGGGACCGGCUUCGCCGCAGCCCCCAAGCUUCGAGGAAUUCCGAACAAGUAUUACCACCACGUUGCCCUCUCCCUCCUGCAAGAGCGCAGCAUAGCGGACCGGAUGGAGACCGAAAAUCAGCUCGUCAUCAUGCGCACCACGGUGUUAGCACAUGUGCAGUCAGCGAAGACAAGACAGCCGCUAGCGGAUGCGGCGGCGACAUGUGCGCAGAUGACCAGAAUUCUGCAGGCCUUCUUGGUAGAGGCAAUGGCGGAGCUCCGCAACACCAUCCGCACCUCUGCUCCGUGGAACUCCGCCACCAACCCCAAUAGCGAGUUCUCUGCAGCCGUUGAAAUCUUUCUCCACAUGGUUCAACCGCGCGUGCAGGUGCAACCUGUGCGGCAAGCCGCUGCCAGCACCACUGGUGCUCCGUGCACCCUUCUGCAGAUUGAGGCGACGGUGAGUGUGCCGCUGCACGUCUCGGCACUUGCGCCGCUGCUUGGCCUACUGGCUGACCCGGUGCAGCGCGGCUAUGUAAUUGAACACGUACUCACUCCGCUGGCGCAACGCCUUGGUGACGCUCUCGGCAGCGGCGACUUGGCUGCCCGCUAUACAGCAAUCGGCCUGCAGUUCUUCGAUGGGUUGUACCGCAUUGCCGCUCAUCAGGGCCUCACGGAGACCGCCGGCUCGCGUAGCGGUGGACUUAGCACGAAUCGUCAACUGCCUACGUCUUCUCCAGGGGCCAAGGACGGGAUGGGCAGGACACUGGAGCAGCUCUACGUCAUCCUUCAGGCACUGGCUGUCUUUGGUACCAGUGUCGACGUUGAGUUCAUCACCCCACACGCUCCAGCAAGUCAAGUGGAGCCCAAGCAGGACGCAAAGAAGUCAGCGCUGCGUCUCGCUCGUGCGCUGCUGCUGCAGUUUGCAGCUCCAAGUCCACUGAGGGUGCCUCCAGGUGACGACCCGGACUCCACGAACAUGACCAUCAAAGUAUCGCGUGCCCCGACGACUUUUCUCGGGAUCCUCAAUCGCACCUUCAGCAGCAACCACCGUCUCCCCUCUACCUCGCGCAGCACCGCACUUGACGCGUUCAUGUCGCCCAAGUCGAAGAUCAGCUUGGGGCUGAAGCUGUUCAGUGAGCUUGUGGUGGAGGUUUAUCGACCCUAUCACCCGUGCACUGGUGUUAUUUUGGCGGUAGAGAACGGUGUGGGCGGUCGCCCUCGUGCCUCGGCGUGCGUUCCGGUGAUUGACCUUCCUCCAGACGUGGUAGCGGCCAAUGUGCGUGUGGCGACGUACGUCGCGCAGCGUCUACAGGGACUGCAGGAGCUGGAGACGUCUACUGUUAUUGAGGAGGAGGGACAACUCGAGAGGGAGGGUAAGGCUCUCCUCCAGCGCGUGGCGUCGGCGUUGCAACAGGCGGCCCCGGCCGAGCGACUCUGCAGGGAGUGGGCUGCCGCGGAGAUCACGAUAGAGGGGGUGCCGCAAGUGUGCGUGGAUGUCCUGGUGCCAUUCAGGAUGACGGAGGUCGACGUGCAAUCGGCAACGAAGCCACUGCUAUACCUGCACGUCGUCUACAGCAGCUAA